AUGUUUACCACUUUGAAAGUGAGCGACUGCGCAACAGGACUCGAGACGUUAAAGGUCAGAAACCAGAUAAUACAGAAACGAAGAGCUCCGCUCUACACAUCACCCCCCGAGUUUCACUCACCACCGAGUGGGUCGAGCAUAUCAGAGGCCGUCUCGAGUCAAGCUGUAAAGGCUCGUGAACGUAUGUCUGAUACUGGAACGUUGCAUAUUGAACCUUCUGAUUUCAACAAAGAAAGCCUUGGUAGUCAGAUCGCACACGGUAGCGUCAGCAGGAACGGCAGCAUCAGCAGCAGUCAUGAAUUUUCUCAAUACCACAGUGACGCGGCCACUGGCAUUGACCCGAUCGCCUCAGAAAAGGAGCAGCAGCAGCAACACCGCUGCAAGGGCGAGUGCCUCUGCAUCACGAAGGUGUUACUUGCAUAUCAGGAUAUCAACAUGAACCUCAACGGCCGAGCUGGAGCCGGCUGGAACGCAGCGUUUCCAUUUGAACACAACCCAAGUCCACUGACCGGCAACCAAGUGCUCACCAAAAAAAAGGGAACCUUUAUUGACCAACAAAUUCCAGUGGAGACUGUGCUCCACUGCAUCAAGAGUUCCAUAGAGAUAUGUGAGAUGCUCAUGGACUGCCAGAAUUGCAGUGCCCGGUCUGAGUGCAUCAUGUUGAGCAUCUGCAUGUGCGAGACGAUGGUGGCGAGGGCCGAAGAGUUGGUCGGCGCCGUGGAUCCAAGUCCCUCCUUGCUCCUGUCAGCAUCUGCCAUGGACCUUGAUUACGGCGCAGGUAACAAGGCCAUGGCCUUGGACUCAAACCACAUUCUGACAGCCCGUUCAGGUUUGAGACUCGGCCAAUGGCGACUCGACAAUGAAGACGAGUUGCAAGUGAUACAGAGCCUUUUGACCGCCCGGAUGACAAGAUUGGAUUCCUUGACCGCGAGAAUGAAACAUGUCGCCCAGCAGAACGAAUGGCCGGUCCACGAUGCGCGUAUUGGAAGUCUAAGGGAAAGGCUCGUGGGUGCCAUGUUCCUGGCCAGGAGAGGAUCAUAUAUGUAG